GAAACCGUGGGGGAGAAGUCUGGCCUUUUCGAGGACACGGUCUGGUCGUUCCGUUGCCUGAAGGAGAGCGACGUGGUCGACCUCUACAAGAAGCAGCCGCACGAGAUCGACAUGAAGCCGACGAACGUGGUGGACCAGAGCGGCGCCCUCAGGAACUUCUGUGUGCAAGUGAACCCUGACCAGCCGCACACCAUCGUCAAUAUCUACCGCCGCAGGGAGCUCAACCAUUCCAUGCUGAUGCAGGCCGUGGUUGAGAACCGUGGCACGGACCUCGAGGCUCUCUUCCACGCGCCUUCUCACAAUGACAUGCUGGGUAAGGUCCAGGACAAGGCGACGGUGGAGCUCAUCGAGGCGAGAAACGAGGCGGCGAGCGAGCCCAAGGAGAGCCACGAGAUCGCCACGGGCCCGCCAGCCUCCAAGCCUGUGGAGACGAACGCGUCCUCCCUGUCGCAGCUCGAGGGCGCCUCGCCUGGCGGUGCUUCUUCGCUGCUGCAGUCGGCGGCGUCGGCCGCGGGCGGUGGCUCCAAGGUGACCUCCGGCGAGGAGGGCAGCAACUGGGACUCUGGCGAGGGCACGGAGGAGUCGGAGGAAGCGGCCGAGGAGACGAGGGCCACGAGGGCGGGUUGGUCCAAGCUCAGGUGCAGGGUUGCUGGCGACCAGAAGGCGAAGACCAUCAAGACGAUGAGCGGCUCAGAGUUGGCGCAGCGCACAGACAGGGACGUCCCCAAAGUGCCCGCGGUGUUCCAGCGCGCGUUGUGGGAAAGGGCGCUCGAGGACUGGAAGGCCGACCAGGAUUGGGCGUCCAAACCAGGAGUUGCGAUCUCUAUGUGUUUGCCGUGGGCUCGCGAGGUCGGAAACGUUGGUAAUGUUGUGAAGUUCGAGUGCAAGUCCCCGACUCUUGCUUUGAUGAGGCUGCCUGUUGCGGAGAAGGCAUCGAUAUUCAAAGACUACCUGUGCAAGAUCAUCCUGCCGCGCUUCUUGAACCUCGGGAAGGGCGGGCACCAGAAGACCAUUGAGCUCGCUGCCGCCGAGAUGGGCGAAAUCAGGGCGAUGCCUGUGACCUGCGAGCUCGAAGUCGACAACGCCGCUGCGGAGGUCGUGGCGAUGUUGCAGCUGAUGAAUACGCUCCGGGGGCAGGCCGAAGAUACGCUGCACCCGGCGGCAGUGGAGCAGCUGGGCAAAGCUAAGGCCACCACAAUCGAGGGCGCCGUCUACGCCGUCGUGCCAGGUGAGUCCUACUGGGAGGUGAAGAGGUGGCGCCCGACAAUGGCACGGCAGCCGGCAGCCCUGCAGUCCCAUGGCAGUACCACGAAGGACCUGCCCGUCAUCAAAGCUGCGCUCCCAGAGGUGGAGUACGGCUCCUUCUUCCAGAUGCCGCGCGGUGCCCUGGGCCGCUUCUUCGAGCAUCUCGCUGCUCAUGUGAAGAACAGUCCACAUGAGGCAACCGAUGAGUUCAGCGAUAAUGUGGGGGCUCUCUCGCAAAAGGCGUAUGCCAUCUUCGGUGUUAUCCCGGUCCGGAAUGACGCAGUGGCUUCGAUCAGCUCUCUCAGGUCUCAGAAUAAUGGGAAGAACCUCGUCGAGCAUUUCUGCACCAAGCUCGAAGUUUUCAACUUAGACAUGCUCGUCUUUGCAGUGGCUCAGUUCGACAAGAUCGAUGGCCUGAAAGACCUAGCGCCAGUACCGUCCAUGCGGAAGUUCAUCUCUUUCACGAAACCGGCAGUGGAAUUGGUCACAAAGACGCGCAGCACCACCCUCGAUGUCUAUUGUGAUCCGUUUUUCGAUGCUUCGCUCAGGUGGAUGUCUAAAGCAAGCGCUUGGUUGCAGUGGUCAUGUGUCUCUCCAGCGGGGUCGGGUUUCAAGUCCUUCGAGCAGUUGAUUGAAAGAGCGAAGUUGGCCAAAGCCGUGUUGAGGGCAAUGGCGACCAUCGUGCCGACAGACCCAAACAUCGGCUUCUCUGACGAAGAUGCCGCCGCUGCCCCCGAUCACUCAGUGGAUGCUUCCCUGAGCCUGCUGACGCAGUACGAGGCCGUGCAGGAGGGUGACCCCCAGAACGAGGCGGAUACAGUGAAAGAUACGUUCAUGAAGCAGCUGACGCCAGAGACGGAGGCCCUCAAGCAGAAACUUUUCGGUGCGAAACGGGCUGCGCUGAAGGUGAAGCUUCUGACUGAGAACGAGAGCGUGCCGCUGGGCAAGCUCAAGGGCGGCCUCUUGGACAGAGAUUGGCGCGACGGGAUCAGCCCAUCGAUUGCAUUCGAUGGCUUGCUUGAGUGUGCGCACGACUUCCUGAAAAACCUGCCCCACGACCUCCUCAAGGCUGAAGUCGACUCGAGCAUGCAACUAAAAAAUGAUCUCGAGACCCUCACCUCAAAGUUCAACAUCACAGUGCAAAGCAGUCCUGCCCUGACGGAGGCCCUGGCAAACCUGCAGCGAGCUGCAACGACGGUGCUCGAAUCUGCCGUUGUCUACGGA